AUGAUAAAAUGUUUGAAGAAUAAUAUAAAUAUAUGGAAAACUGGGCGACGGAAUGUGUCAUAUGGUUAUUACAAUAUAAAUAUAAAUGAAAAGAUACAUAAAUAUUUCGACAAUAUAAAUAAGAAGAGAAAUAUAAAAUAUAUAAGUGAUUGUAAGAGUUGUAAAGAAUGUGUGGAUGAAAUAAAAAAUGGUAAUUAUAAUUUAUUAAAAGAUUUAAAUAUGAAAAUGAUUGGGUUGGAUAUAGAAGGAUAUAAAUUAGGUAAAUAUGGUAUUGUAAGUAUAAUACAGAUAUGUUAUGAAGAUAUAUAUAUUUUUGAUAUAUAUAAAUGUGAUAACGUAUAUGUAUUUAUAAAUUAUAUAAAAGAUAUAUUAGAAUGUGAUGAUAUAAUAAAAGUAACACAUGAUUGUAGAGAAGAUUGUUCCAUAUUAUAUAAUCAAUAUAAUAUACAUUUAAAAAAUAUAUUAGAUACACAAGUAGCAUAUAAUUUAUUAUUAAAAAAUAAUAAUAAUUAUACAAAUACUUAUCAAAUUAGUUAUGAUGAUUUGUUAAAAAAAUAUUUAUUUAUAAAUAAUAAUCAUAAAAUAUAUUUUCAUAAAAUGAUCACACUAGAUAAUUAUAUUUAUUUAAAGAGACCUAUUAUGAAAGAAUUAAUUUCAUAUGCUAUCCAAGAUGUAAUAUAUUUAAAACCUUUAAUCUUAUGUAUUAUAGAUAAAUUCCUUAUAAAACAAAAGAAAAAAGAGGAACAGGAAAAAAAUGAAUAUGUGAAUGACAAACAAAAUAAUAAAAUAAAACAGAAAAAAUUCGAUAAAACAUGUAAUACAUUACAAAGUAAAUGUAAUAUCUCUUUAUUUAAUAAUCAAGACCUCUAUCAUACUAAAGAAAUAAUUCAAGACAUUAUAUUACACAGUAAAAAAUACGUGAACUAUCAAUUUUUAAAUUCUCAUAUAAAAGACGAAAAAGAAUUACAAAAAGGUAUGAUCUUAGAAGGCAUGGUUGUAUCAUGUAAUAAUACAAAAAUGUAUCUUAAAUUAAAUAUGAGAAAGAGGGGGGUCAUUUUAAAUUAUGUACAAAAUAAAUAUGAAAUAGGAGAUAUAGUAAAGGCUGUUAUUGUAAACUUUACUAGUAACGAUUAUAUUAAUUUAGGACUUUAUGAUGAGAAUAUUUUGACUUUUGAUGCGGAAAAAUAUAUCCCUCGUGAGGAGGUUUUACAAAAUAUACAAAAGUUUCUCCCAAAUGAAGAAAAAAUAU